GCCUGGUGGUUUGAACAUGCCCGGCUUCAGUCAUGUCUAUCGGAGUGGCAAUUCGAGUCCUGCAUGAAGCAGAGAGUCAUAUUGUGACCUGUGAGACGAAUACUGAAGCAGUGUACUGGGGAAAGCUCACUGAGGCUGAGGACAACAUGAAUUGCCAAAUGUCCAACAUCACAGUGACCUACAGAGAUGGGCGUGUGGCACAACUAGAGCAGGUGUACAUUUGGGGCAGCAAAAUCCAGUUCCUCGUCUUGCCAAAUAUGCUGAAAAAUGUGUCAAUGCUGAAAAGUAUGAAGAAAAAAACCGGGGCUCUGGGGCCGAAAUGGGGCAAACCAGCUAUCCUGAAUGCCCAGGUAGCUGCCAGAGGAAGAGAGCGUGGCAACAUCUUCCAGAAGUGGUGGUAA